UUCGAGAUGAGCGAUUGCGAGCUGUACCGUCAAACCUCAGGUGGCCGCUGGAGAAAGAAAAACCAAGAGGAGAGGGAGAUGGCAGCGGCUGAUGCGACGGCGGUGGCCUACAAGGCCGAGUACGAGGGCAAGAAGGCCUUCAAGGCGGCGAUGCACCGUCGCGCCGCCCUCAAGAGCGGCCUGCUCAUCAUCGAGGCCAACGAGGGCGACGCCACGACGUUUUAUUGGGUGCGGCUGUGCGAGAGGGGGUCUGGUGGGUGCCGGGGCCGGCUGAUAGAGGAGCGGCUGCUGCAGGUGGACCCCUGCCCUCCUGCGCCGACGGCAGCGCGGCUGGCGGACAUCAACAAGAGCCUGAAGGUGCGCGAGGUGCAGUCGACCGUAGCCGCCCUCUGCCGCAAGUCCCCGGCCCCACCCAACUGAAGCGCAAGGCCGAGAACAACAACGGGGCGGGCGAGGCCAAGAAGCCCAGGGCGGCCGGCGCGUGAGGUGGCGGGAUGGACUUCAGAGGGGACGAGAGGGGGAGGCGGCGGGAAGAGGAAUCUUUAGCACUGUGCAGAACACGACGCCGCCUUCCCCAGGGACGGGACAAGUCGGAGGACACGACAGGCGGGCGGGGGAUACAUGUGUACAAUAGCCAGCCGUGUGGCUGCCUGUGUUCCGUUGCGUGUGUGAGGACGGACGGCAUAGACAAGCCGUGGGAGUGCGAGUGCGCUGGGCGCAUUGCAUUGCUGCCUACGUUUUAUAUCUGCA